AUGGAGGGCAAUCAUGACGUGGAGCAUGAUAUCGUAAUCGGCAUUGACUUUGGAACCACUUUCUCUGGAGUCAGCUGGGCCUACUCAGGCCAGCCAACUGACAUUGAAGUCAUUAGUCGAUGGGAGUCCAAACUUGGCCGGAACUCCGACAAAGAGAAAACUCCCACGGAAAUGGUCUACCAGGAAAACAAAGGAGGUGUUUUUUGGGGAUACGGAAUCCCUCCUAACUCUAAUCAGAAACCACUGAAGUGGUUCAAACUCCUGCUUGUCGACGAAGACGACCUUCCCCAAAAUGUCCGAGAAUCCAGUCAGAUGGCUACAGCACGAAAGUUGGCAAAGCGCUUCAACAAGGACCCAGUCGAAAUCAUCAGCUGCUAUCUGCGUCAUCUUUGGAACCAUGCCAUCGAGUGUAUUGUUCUCUCUGCGGGCAAAGACCUCGUCAAAAUGUGCAAGUUCCAUGUUGUCAUCACCUUGCCUGCUAUUUGGUCCGACUAUGCCAAGCAGCGCAUGCGCAGAGCUGCAGAAAAUGCAGGCUUAUUAAAGGAGCGCCCCAUCGGAAAUACCACUUUGACAUUCAUUUCCGAGCCUGAGGCUGCUGCUCUGGCCACAAUGAGAGACCAUGGCAGACGGCCGAAUAUCAAUGUCAACGAUCACAUCGUUGUUUGCGAUGCAGGGGGUGGCACUGUGGACCUUAUUACUUAUGAAAUAGUUAGUAAGGAGCCCUUUAUCGUUCGCGAAGCCGUUCAGGGUGAUGGAGGCCUUUGCGGCGGAGUUUUCCUCGAUGAAGCAUUUGUCAAGCUUAUGAAGAAGAAAGUCACACCCGAGGCCUGGAACAAUAUAUCUGAGCUCGAGGUCCGGAAGGCUUUGAAUAAUGAGUGGGAGAACAACAUCAAGACAGCGUUCCAUGGCCAGGACGAAGACUUUUACUUCAGCCUCCCCACUGAGUGUCAAGCUCCGGGUAGUGCUAAGCGCGGCAUCAAACGAAAGAAGAACUUGGUCCUAACUCGCCAAGACCUGCUCUCCGUCUUUGACCCUGUUGUAGACCAGACAGUAGCGCUGGUGGAGAAGCAGAUCGAGAGCGUCUUGAAAAAAACAGGCAGGAAGCCUAAGAAAAUUAUCCUUGUCGGUGGAUUUGGAAGAAAUGACUACCUUCGAAUCCGGAUCGCAGAAGCUGUCGGUGAGGCUAUUGAGAUUCUUCAGAGCUCUGGCAAUAGGCCGUGGAGCGCCAUCAGCCGUGGAGCUGUCAUCCAAGGCCUUACGCAGCGGGACCUCGCACCUGGCCUGUCGGUUAACAUCAACUCUAGAAUCUCACGAAUGAGCUAUGGAGUAGAUUUCGAUUCUGAAUUCGAUAAGCUCCUACAUGAUGAGGAAGAUCGGUUCUGGAAUGAUGACGAACAAAAGUGGAUGGUGCAUGGGCAGAUGGAGUGGUUCCUCGAAAAGGGCGAUGAUGUCUCCAAUACCAAGCCGGUGUGCCACGACUACUAUAAACUGUUUACGUCACCUCCUGACAAGAUCUCCGACACCAUAUACUGCACAAAGGCAUGGCCUGCGCCUGAAUCUCUGAAUGAAGACGUCGAGGAGCUCUGUACCAUCACCUGGACUAAAGACAUUGAUUUUCAGUCGCUUCCACACUAUACCAAUCCGAUUGGAAAGGUCUUUUCCAAGCUAAGCUACAGCAUCGAGAUGACUUGCUCUGGAGGCAGCAUCGACUUCGCCGUUAUUCAUGACGGAAAGCAGGUUGGUGCAAAGAAUGUCACCGUUGUUUUCAAGGAUGAAGAUGAGGACUAA